AUGUUGAUCAGCAACUGUUCGCGCUGGAUGGGCCAGGGAAGCAAGAAAAGAAAGCGACCGAUCUUGCAAAAAUACAAUCUGAAAAGUUGUGAUUGCAGUCGGAAAGGUACAAGCAGGACAAUAGCUGAAGUGGUUUUAGAUCGCUUGAAGGAUCAGACACGAAAUUUUAGCAAUCAAUUGAUCCUCUUGAAUUACAGGCCAAAGGAGGAACAGGUUAGAGUUCAGUCAAGGACCAAGGAAAGAAAUUGCUCAGCUCUUUCGAUAAGCAAUGCAGAAGUGCCUUGCCAAGCUCGGAUUGAUAAAAGGAAACCAGAAUCUACAGUAUCUUUAGAUCGCUUUAAGAAAAAAGCAAGAAAAAUACCAAACAACCCGUUGGUUUCAUUAACAGACAUCCGAAGCGAAGUAAGAUUAAUGAAACUUACUGGGGUUUUGAAGUGUUCGGAUAUGAGAUCAAGAGAACUCCACAAGAAACAAUCGACCUUUCCAUCUAGCAGCUCUCAGAGGUCCAACAGGCGAUGUCAGAGUUGUAUAGCACAGAAAGUGAUCAUCAAAACUGGCACAAAAACGUUUGGUGACUUGUGUGACAUAGGGAUUGGGCAAGGCUUCCAUUUCGCCAGGGAAGAAAGAUUAAUCAAAGGGCAGGUACUAGCACCUAGUGGCACUAGUAGUAGUACAGUACACACAUCCCCUGAAUAUCAAAGCAAAACACAAGCAAAAGGAAUGAAAGCCUCUAGAAUGAAACAAGAAAAAAGAUAA